AAUAGUGAAUCACCAAACUGCCCUUUCUUCCUCACCGCGUCAAAUGAAAAAUGCAUCGACCGCCCGCCUAACAUUUUGAGCCAUUCUUUCUUUGCUUUUCCAAAAUUUCGGACGCAGUUUUCUUUCUAUUUAUAAAUUAUUAUCUCUCAGACCAACGGCCUUGGUCUCUUUUCUUCUUCCUGUAAGUUUCAAGAAAUUCAAAAGCUCAUUUCAAUCCUCGAUAAUAUUGAAACACGUUAUAGCUGUAUGCAUGGUUGUAGCACCCAUUACAUCGUUUUCCUAUUCGAUUUUGUUGAUUAAUCCUUGUUCGUAUUCUUCUUUAUGAAUACUCCAAGUUUUCUUGGACAUUCAACAAUGAAAUCCACUUGUAGAAUCCUAUUUAGUUUUCGAAGCGCGGCGAUUUUCGGGUUCCCACCUGAAAAAUGCGUAAAUGGUUUAGUUGUUAAUGGAAAUUCAGCCAAGUUAUGCCGCAAUUUUGAGCGGAAUUGCCAAUUUCACACCAGCCCUUGUCAUAAUUUAUCUGGUUUUCGCCGUAUUGUCGAUGAUACCCGCAAACAAUUUCGGGUACCCAAUUGGAGUUUUGGCCAAUCUGGGGUUAUAUCAAGGUCUAGUGAUGUUGGGAUGAGAAAUAGGGCUGUAUCUGUUAUUGCUAAUGCUUCAUCUAGGUUUCGGGAUUUCUCAACAUCGAUCGAAACCCGUGUCAAUGAAUCCAAUUUUGAGAGGAUUUAUGUUCAGGGUGGUGUAAAUGUGAAACCUUUAGUUGUGGAAAGAAUUGAUAAAGAUGAGAAUAUUGUGGGAGGAGAAGAAGCUUCUGGGAUAGAAGCUGUUGGUGAAAAAGUGAAUGUAGAGAAUGAAGAGGGUGUAAAUGAGCUCAAGGUUGAAAGUCCUAAGAGGGAGGAGUCGCAGAUUGAGAAGGAAGCAUGGAAGUUGUUGAAGGAUGCGGUUGUUACAUAUUGUGGGAGCCCUGUGGGAACUGUGGCUGCAAAUGAUCCGGGUGACAAGCAGCCAUUGAAUUAUGACCAGGUCUUUAUUCGGGACUUUGUUCCUUCAGCACUCGCUUUUUUGCUCAAGGGAGAAGGAGAGAUUGUUAGGAACUUCCUCCUUCAUACCUUGCAAUUACAGAGUUGGGAAAAAACAGUUGACUGCUAUAGCCCAGGGCAGGGUUUGAUGCCGGCAAGUUUCAAAGUUAGAACUGUGCCUCUUGAUGGCAAUAAAUUUGAAGAAGUUCUUGAUCCAGAUUUUGGUGAAUCUGCAAUUGGUCGUGUUGCACCUGUAGAUUCAGGGUUAUGGUGGAUUAUUCUGUUGAGGGCUUAUGGAAAAAUCACCGGGGACUAUGCUUUGCAAGAAAGAGUAGAUGUUCAAACAGGGUUAAAAAUGAUCUUGAACUUGUGUUUAACUGAUGGUUUUGAUAUGUUUCCUUCACUGUUGGUCACUGAUGGGUCCUGCAUGAUAGACCGACGUAUGGGUAUUCAUGGUCACCCACUUGAAAUCCAAGCCUUAUUUUACUCAGCUCUGCGCUGCUCUCGUGAGAUGCUUUCUGUGAAUGAUGGAUCCAAGAAUUUGGUGAGGGCCAUCAACAACAGGCUCAGUGCUCUGUCAUUCCACAUUAGAGAAUAUUAUUGGGUGGAUAUGAAAAAGAUCAAUGAGAUCUAUCGGUACAAGACAGAGGAGUACUCUUUGGAUGCUACCAAUAAGUUCAAUAUCUACCCUGAACAAAUUCCUUCAUGGCUAAUGGAUUGGAUUCCAGAGGAAGGCGGAUAUCUCAUUGGCAAUUUACAGCCAGCACAUAUGGAUUUUAGGUUUUUCACCCUUGGAAAUCUUUGGUCCAUUGUUUCAUCUUUAGGUACUCCUAGGCAGAAUGAAGCUAUACUAAAUCUGAUUGAAGCCAAAUGGGAUGAUCUUGUGGGCCAUAUGCCCCUUAAGAUUUGUUAUCCUGCCCUGGAGUCUGAAGACUGGCGUAUAAUAACUGGCAGUGACCCUAAGAACACUCCUUGGUCAUAUCACAAUGGCGGGUCUUGGCCAACACUUCUGUGGCAGUUCACACUGGCUUGUAUUAAGAUGAGAAAAUUAGAUCUUGCUCGAAAAGCAGUUGCUUUGGCUGAGAAGAGGCUUUUAGGUGACCAUUGGCCUGAAUAUUAUGACACCAGAACAGGGAAAUUUAUUGGAAAGCAAUCUCGACUUUACCAAACAUGGACCAUUGCUGGGUUCCUUUCAUCGAAGAUGCUCCUUGAUAAUCCAGAGAUGGCCUCCUUAUUAUUCUGGGAAGAAGAUUACGAGCUUCUCGAAAUCUGUGUUUGUGGACUUAGCAAGACUGGAAGGAAAAAGUGCUCCCGGGUCGCUGCUAGGUCUCAGAUUCUUAUAUAAUGACUAAUUCUUCAAAGAGCAAUGCUGUUUUUUCUUUUCUUUUUUGGGCACCAUUUCUGCAGAUUUUGCUGGUGGAGACAGCUGGCAUCCAUGGGUUUCCCUAGCAACAAUGGUUCCAUAUGGCAUUCUUCUACUUUUUAAGGGUAGAAUGCCUUUACUGUACAGCCACCACAAAUAAGGGUGUAGGUUAUAAAAAGAUUUGCAAAAGAUCAGUUUUUAACAUUUUAAAAUUAUUACACUUCUGAUACACAUUUUGUACUCGAAUAAAUUCUUUGGCAGUCCGAUCAAGUCUAGUUGAUCGGAUUUUGCAGAAAAGUGUUUGUAGAACGCAGCUCACCUUUGAAUGUACUGAAUUGUGCACCUGGACCUGGUGGUCUAAGAUUUGUACAUAGAUUAUUUGUCAAUAGUAACAUGUAUUUUAUUACAAGAAUGGCUCAUUCGUCUU